GAUUUAAAAUACGUAAACCUGUCUAGUUUUUUUGUUUUCUAACCAAUGUUCUCCAAUACAACCUGCAGGAUGAGAUGAUUAAAAGGACUUCAUGAUGUGUCUGAUAAGAAGAGUUUUGUCAUAGUUUAGAAUAAUUCUGAUCAGAUAUGACUCCAUUGUUUGUAUCAUUAUCACUACAUGUUUUUUUUUUUUUGUCUGUUAGGAGCAGAAAUUCAUGUGAGGUGACUUCCAGAACGCAACCUUUAGAACAGACCUUAGAGGACUAUGGGGUUGGUUUUGGGUUCACUGGUCCGGCAUCAUCAUUGGCUGUUCCUUGCCAGUAAACUGCAACCUUUUGACCUGGAUCCCACCCAGAAGCCAUGGUAGCGUAUGGGUCCAGGCGACUGUGCCUCCUCUUCUCUCUGCUCCUCCUCCUCAGCUGCCUCUCACCACUGGUUUAUCACAGCUUCUUAACCCAGAAGCUCCAUGCACAGCCUUCUCACAAGAACCUCACUAUCUUGCUGUGGCACUGGCCAUUUGGACGGUCCUACAGUCUCGGCGGGGACAAAUGUCUCGAGAUGAGCCAUAUCAGCCACUGUAUUCUAACUGACGACAGGUCCAUGUACCCGACCGCAGACGUGGUUGUUUUCCACCACCAGGAGCUGAGCAACGGUGCAUCAGCUCUGCCACUCCACCUGCCCCGCCCCGCAGCCCAGCACUGGGUGUGGCUCUCCAUGGAGCCUCCAGUCAACAACGCCAAUGUCAAGAAGCUCAAUGGUGUCUUUAACUGGACAAUGAGCUACAGGCGUGAUGCAGAUAUACCCAUUCCCUAUGGAAAGACCCUCCAAGGAGCUGGAGUUAAAGGCUUUCCAGGUGCUUUAAACCGUUCCUGCUUUGCCAGCUGGGUGGUCAGCAGAUACAAGCCCAACCAGACCCGUGUUCAGGUCUACCAAAGUCUGAAAAAGUACAUUCCCAUUGAGGUUUAUGGAGGGUGGAACAAGAAGCCUCUCCCAGAAGACAGGCUGCUGCCCACCAUCUCAAACUGCCUCUUUUACUUGUCUUUGGAAAACUCGGAGGCGACGGACUACAUCAGCGAGAAGCUGUGGAGGAACGCGUUCCAAGCAGGAGCUAUUCCCGUGGUUCUGGGUCCAAGUAGGUCCACCUACGAGGCUGUUGCUCCGCCUCAUUCCUUCAUCCACGUGGCGGAUUUUAAAGAUGCAGCAGAACUAGCCGAUCACCUGAAUCAUGUGGCUGCAGACAAGCGGGCCUAUGAGGAGUACCUCAGGUGGCAUCAGACUCACAGGAUUGAAACCUGCACAGACUGGAGAGAAAGGCUCUGUCAGAUCUGUCAAAAGUACCCCAAUUUACCCAGCAGGAAGGUCUACCAGGACCUGGAGGGCUGGGUUAACAGCUGACACCAUCUUCAGAGAA